AAAUAAAUAAAUAAAUAAAAUUGAGAAGUAGCAUGAUUCAAACAUAAACUAGACCUGACCUAAAUACCUAAUUAGUCCCAACCCAACCUAACAAAUUUACGCCCCCCCCCCCCCCCUCUAUCUCUCUCCUCCGUUGAAGCGUACUCUACUACUCUGAAUUCUUCAUUGCUCUCCUCCAAGCAGCUUCUGAGGAGAUGGCAGAAAUUUUCUACAGAAAUAUGCUAGGAGAAAUUAGGGCAACAAUGUUUUUGAGUAAAAUAUGUUUCUGGGUUCUGUCACUUGCUUCAGAUUUAGUUUCGAGUUAACUUGUCCUUUUAGCCCAGAUUGCAAUGCACAGGUUUUAAUUCCUGUAAUUGUAAAUGCCUCACAUGUCCUUUUAGCCCAGAUUGCAAUGCACAGGUUUUAAUCCCUGUACUCGUAAAUGCCUCACAAAACCCUUGGUACAAAAAAAUGUUUUCCCAUUCUCUCUUUUCCAAAAUCAUCAAAAAAUCAACUUCCUCCUUCCUCCAUCACCUUCUCCCACGACUCACACUUCACAGAACAUUUGUUGACGCCAGAAUCAAAUGGGUGCGAGAUCCAUUUCUUGAUUUUGCAGUCGAGCUAGAGAAAAACCUCUGCCAUUGUUGCUCUCUCAAAAACCUUCUCCUCUCUUCCCCUUCUUACUCUCUCCCUAUCUCCAUCGCCUCCCUCCAUAAGCCUCACUUAAACCUCCCUUCACACACCACUGCACUCUACUUCUUCCAUAGAUACCCUUCUCUUUUCACUCUUUCUCCUCCCAAUGUCAAACUCACCCCUCAAUUUCUUACCCUUCACAAGGAAGAGCAGGAGAUUCAUGAUUCAAUGUUGCAAAAAGAAUCCGCUGUUCAGAGGUUAGUGAGAUUGUUAAUGAUUGCUCGAAGUUGUAGAAUUCCUGUUAGUGUUAUUGAUGAUUUGAAAUUUGAUCUGUGUUUGCCUGAUAAUUAUGUUCUCGAUUUUGUUUCGUAUUAUCCUGAGUAUUUUAGGUUGUGUAAGUUAAAAAGUAGGGAAAUUGGUGAUGUGGGUAGUGAUACUGAGAAUUUGGGGGGUUUUGAAGUUGGAUUGGAGUUGAUUAAAUGGAGGAAGGAAUUGGGGGUGCCGAUGAUUUUGAGGAAGGAGUGUGACGAUGAUAUGGGGUGUAGAAAGGGGAGGACAGUGAAUUUUCCAAUGAAUUUUCCACCAGGAUUUGAUUUGCAGAAGAAGGUGAAGGAUUGGGUUGAUGAGUGGCAAUGUUUGCCUUACAUUUCACCUUAUGAGGAUGCAUUUCAUUUAGCGCCUCGAAGCGAUCAAGCUGAGAAAUGGACUGUGGCUGUGCUCCAUGAAAUUCUGAGUCUAUUGGUUUCAAAAAAGACUAAAAUGAGAAAUAUCUUAAGAUUAGGGGACUAUUUAGGUUUUGGGCUGAGGUUUGAAAAGGCAAUUGUUCAUCAUCCGGGGAUAUUUUAUGUUUCUAAUAAGAUUAAGACACAGACAGUGGUUCUUAGAGAAGCUUUCAGGAAAGAUCGUCUGCUAGAAAACCAUCCUUUGGUGGGUAUGCGGCACCGGUAUCUUUACCUUAUGAACAAAUCCAGGAAAGGAAGGAAACCUGUUAAAAACUUAAGUUCUGGAUACGGCUUGCAGAUGAGUAGGUCUGAUUCUGACAGAGGCACAAAAUGUGUUUCUGAAGAAUGAGAAAACAACAUCAACAUAUGUGACAAAUGUGGUUUGAAUGUUGGAUAUUGGUUAUUGAUGACAAUGUUGUCAACGCAGGGGUGGGAGUGGGGUGGAGUGUAUAGAUAUGAACAUAUGCGAUGAGUGUGGUUUGAAUGUUGGAUAUUGGUUAUUAUAACAAUGUUAUCGCCGCAGGGGUGGGGGUGGGGUGGUGGAGUGCAUAGAGCCUUAUUUACUUGUGGAGUGUAAGGUGGUAGUCAGAUAUGCUAUGGCCCUGGCCUGAAUUGUUUACGUCUGAAAUGGGCAGUUUUUUCUUCAUAAUAGGGCAUGUUACAUACCAAGUUCUUGGUUUUGUGCAACCCUCAUGCGCUCCAAAAGAAGACCUUGAAUAAGCAUCUAAAAUUUGUGAUGCAGUUGCGAGAGAUACCGCCUAACCAAGGUCAAUGCAAUUACACAGAGGUCAAACCAACUAGCCAAGACAGAAACCAGAAAAGUCAGGAAACACUUAGCUGGUCCUUGUAAUUGCCAUAGAGUUUGUAAUAUACUCCGCAACCUAAUUUAUCUAUCCUAGAUGUUUUCUCUUGAGUUCAUGUAUAUAAACAAUUAAUCUUGGUCAUAUACAUAAUUCUUGCUGACCUAACAAAUAUCUGUGCUGGUGAUUUACAAUCUUCUGGUCAAAUAGUGAAAUAGAUGCAUGUCCAUAAAAGUUACAUUCAAUACACAAUCACUCCUCAGGGCUUGCCCCUCUUUUUCCAAAAAAAAAAAAAAA